AUGUCUCAGGCGUCAUUUCUUCGCAAUUCUUAUAAACUCUUUGUUGGAAACCUACCAUGGACCGUGGGAAGCCGGGAGCUGCAAUUGUACUUCUCGAAAUUUGGAAAUGUUGCAAAUGCAUCAGUUAUAUUCGAUAAAAACAACGGAUUCUCGAAGAGCUAUGGUUUUGUUGUAUUUUCAACGCGCGAUGCAUUCAAUAGCGCUUCCAAUCAUACCCACCAUUUAUUGGAUGGAAGAGUACUAAGAGUUCAAGAAGCAAGCAAUUAAUUUAUAGAAUUUUAUUUUAUUAGACUUUUUGUAAUGAAGAAAUAAAUUUUAAAAAAAGAUGA